AUGGAUCUAAUUAUCUGUGUUUGGGGGCUGCUGGCGCUCGUCGUGGAGGGCAUCCGUUGCCAGGGAGUGUACGCCCCUCCUACAGUUCGAAUUAUACACUCAGGGCACGCCUGCAAUGUUGAGGAGGAGAGGCACACGGAGAGAGUGUACACCAUCAGAGAGGGAGAGACGCUGGAGCUUACCUGUCUGGUGACGGGACAUCCUCGGCCGCAGAUCCGAUGGACAAAGACAGCCGGCAGUGUGUCAGACCGCUUCCAGGACUCCAGUGUGUUCAACGAGACGUUGCACAUCGCGAAGAUCCUGAGGACGCAAGGAGGGCGCUACUACUGCAAGGCUGAGAACGGGCUGGGAUCCCCAGCCAUCAAGUCCAUCAGGGUGGAUGUCUACUACCUUGAUGAUCCCAUUGUGACGGUGCACCAGAGUGUAGGGGAAGCUAAAGAACAGUUCUACUAUGAGAGGACUGUGUUUCUGCGAUGCGUGGCCAAUUCCAACCCACCCGUCCGCUACAGCUGGCAUCGUGGAAGGGAAGUUCUGACGCAGGGUUCAGACAAGGGAGUGGAGAUCUACGAGCCGUUUUUCACACAGCUGCAGGGGGAAACGAAGAUCUUGAAGCUGAAGAACCUGCGUCCUCAAGACUACGCCAACUACAGCUGCAUCGCCUCCGUGAGGAACGUGUGUGGGAUCCCUGACCGCAGUGUCAUCUUUAAACUUACCAAUAAGACAGCUUCCCCGUCCAUCAAGCUGCUGGUGGAGGAUCCCAUCGUCGUGAAUCCUGGUCAGACCGUGUCCUUGGUGUGCAUCACCACAGGAGGGGAGCCACCGCCAACGCUCACCUGGGUCAGCAGCAACGACACCCUGCCGCAAAGGAGCGUGGUGAAGGGAGGUACACUCACACUGCCAGCUAUAAGCUCAGAUGAGGCGGGGGUCUACAGCUGUGUGGCCAGCAACAAUGUCGGGAACCCUGCCAAGAAAUCAACCACCAUAAUAGUGCGAGCUUUGAAAAAGGGCCGGUUCUGGAUCACUCCAGACCCGUACCACAAUGACGACAACAUCCAGAUUGGCCGUGAAGUCAAGAUUUCUUGUCAGGUGGAGGCGACCCCACCAGAGGAGCUGACAUUCAGCUGGCUGAAGAACGGUCGUGCCCUGAGGAGCUCCGAGCGGAUGGUCAUCACUCAGACAGACCCUGACAUCUCCCCCGGGACCACCAACCUGGACAUCAUUGACCUCAAGUUCACCGACUUUGGCACGUACACCUGUGUGGCAGCGCUGAAGGGCGGAGGCAUCCCUGAGAUCAGCAUCGACGUGAACAUCUCGUCCACAACUGUCCCUCCUCUGUUUUUCUCUUUCUUAGUUCCCCCCAACCUGACAGUCCCCCGGGGCAAGUCCCCCCUGGUGGCCCGAGAGGGUGACACAGUGGAGCUGGAGUGCCUUGUUUCAGGAAAGCCCAAGCCUAUCAUCCUGUGGUCGCGGGCGGAUAAGGAGGCGCCGAUGCCGGAUGGCAGUAUGCAGAUGGAGAGCUACGAUGGUGUGCUGCGUAUUGUUAAUGUGUCAAGGGAGAUGACGGGAUCGUACCGCUGCCAGACUAGCCAGUAUAACGGAUUCAACGUGAAGCCAAGGGAGGCCAUAGUGGAGCUGAUCGUACAGUACCCUCCGACUGUAGAGCCUGCCUUCAUGGAGAUGCGUCAGGGCUUAUUGAGGCCUGUGGUGAUGACCUGCAGGGUGCUGAGAGCUCACCCCUCCCGUGUGCUGAGGUUCGAGUGGCUUCUGUCCAACCGGCUGCUUCAUGCUGGAGCGUUCGAUGCCCAACGAGAUGAGACGGAGUACACCAUCCGCAGCCUCAACAGAGAUGGAUGGGGGGAGUACACCUGUAAUGUGAUCAAUGAGGCAGGAGCAGGAAAAUGCACCUUCCAGGUUACAGGCAAGGCCUACCCUGCAGAGUUCUACUAUGACACUUACAACCCUCUAUGGCAGGACAGACCCAGAGUCUACGGCUACAAACUGCAGUGGACUCAGAUGAACCCAAACGCUGUGGACCGCAUCGUAGCUUACAGACUGGGUAUCAAACAGGUGGGGUUGGAUCGCUGGUGGGAGCAGGAGAUCCCUGUAGAUGGAACAAUCAACAAAGGAGAGCUUAUGACACACAACCUCACUGGGCUCACAAAGCCUGAACCCUACAAGGUUCGCCUCACCCCCAUCACUCGCUUUGGAGAGGGUGACUCCACCAUCCGGAUUGUCACUUACAGCGCUCCCAUCAACCCUCACCUGAGAGAGUUUCACUGCAGCUUCGAGGAGGAGCCAAUCUGCAUGUUCACCCAGGACAAGAACGAUGAUUUUGAUUGGACGAGGCACAGCGCUGCCACCCGUGACACAAAGUACACACCUAACACCGGGCCCAGCGGUGAUCGCAGUGGAUCCAAGCAGGGCUUCUACAUGUACAUUGAGACUUCAAGACCACGGAAGGAGGGAGACCAAGCUCGACUUGUGAGUCCGUUUUUCAAUGUAGCGCCCAAAAACCCCUAUGGGAUCACCAACCCACCCGCCUACUGUUUCGGCUUCUUCUACCACAUGUAUGGAAAACACAUAGGAACACUAAACGCCUUCCUAAAGCAGAAAGGCCAGACGGCCUCAGAGGGUCCCGUGUGGUCGCUAAGUGGUAACCAAGGUGACCGUUGGAAGCAGGCCAAAGUAAGCAUCCAUCCAACUGCAUCGUUCCAGGUGGUAAUUGAAGGUAUCAGGGGACCAGGCAUCGAGGGAGACAUUGCCAUCGAUGAUGUCACGCUGGAGGAAGGGGAGUGUCGAGACCCACCGCCCAAUCCGAGCUCCAUGUCUCUCUCCACAUCCUCCCAUAUAUGGCUGCUAUGCAUCACCUUGGUGAUGACCCUCCUAGAAGGUCAGAGGUGA